AUGCAGCGCUACGGUGAACACGGCGACUCUCCCGAGAGCGAACCUCUCGAUGGCUACGGCCAGUCGCAUCGAGGAGUUUCCCCCGAUAGUCGCGGCUACUCGCCGCCCGAGAUAUAUCAUGACCAGCAUCAACCUCCUCCAGUGCCCUCUCACCAGCAUCAGGGCCAGAACUACGGCUACGACCAACAUGAAGGCUACGAGUACGACUACGAUGGCCAGGCUCCUCCCCCGCCUCAGCAUCGCCAGGGCGACAACGGCUACUUUGCCGGCGGAGCACGCAAUGACGGCGACAUGGCCUCUGGAGGAAUGGCUGGCAUUGCCUAUGGAGUAGCAGAGCGAAACGCACGAGAGAGCGGCAUGCAAGCGGCCCAUGGCGGACUGCCACCGCCGCCAUCCCACGCUCGAUAUCCCGACGGCUACGACUAUCCUCAAGAUGAUCGAGGCUCGCGAACGACCUUUAACCCCCUGGGCAUGCCGACUGCUGCUCACAGCUCGCGAUCACCCUCCCGCAGCACGCGCGACCCGUAUGCCGACGACCACUAUCCGGCGAUGUAUCCUCCCAACCCGCGGAAUAGCAAUCCGAUGCUGGGCAUGUUCAAUCCUAAUGAGAUUGUGGACGACGGUGACGAUGGAUUGGAUUAUUCGCGACGUAGCGCACGCAAUUCCAUCCUGAGUGCCUCCAACUCGGAUCGAGCAGCAAAGGGAGCUGCCGUUGCGACUGUUGCAGCUGGAGGAAUCUUGGGGGCUGGUGCCAUCAAGAGCGCCUUGGGCCGUAAUGCUCAAGCAGCAGCAGGAGGUAAUGGUGGAGGGGACGAAGGCGGAGGCAUGCUCUUCGACAACGGUAGCACCGAGGAGAAGUCGGCCUGGAUGGCACAGCAAGCGACCAAGACCAAACGAUGGCGCUGGGCCAUCAUCAUCAUCCUCGUCCUCAUCGUCAUCGGUGCCGUCGUUGGCGGCGUCGUCGGAACUCAAGUCGGCAAACACGGCAGCAAAUCAAGCAGCGGCAGCGGCAGCGGCAGCUCCAAGGGUGGCAGCGGAAGUGGAAGUGGUGGCAGUGGCAGCGACUCUGAUGACGACAGUGGUGAUCUUAACAUCAACAGCCAGGAGAUCAAGGACUUGCUCAACAACCCCGACCUGCACAAGGUCUUCCCCGGAGUUGAUUACACGCCCCUCAACACCCAGUAUCCCGACUGUCUGACCAACCCUCCGUCGCAGAACAACAUCACUCGUGACGUGGCCGUGCUCAGCCAGUUGACCAACAAGAUCCGUCUCUACGGCACUGACUGCAACCAGACUCAGAUGGUCCUCCACUCCAUCUCCCAGCUGGAGAUGACCAGCGACAUCAAGGUGUGGCUGGGCGUCUGGCAGGACAACAACGCCACGACCAACGCUCGCCAACUCAAGGAGAUGUGGAACAUUCUCGACAAGUACGGCGAUGACCCCUUUGAGGGUAUUAUUGUUGCCAACGAAGUGCUCUUUCGCCAGCAGUUUACUGUCACUACUCUUGGCGAGCUCCUCGACGACGUGCGCACUAAUCUCACCAAGAAGAACCUGAAUCUCCCUGUCGCUACUUCCGACUUGGGAGAUGACUGGACUCAAGCUCUUGCCGCUGAUAGCGACUAUAUCAUGGCCAACGUCCACCCGUUUUUUAGUGGAACGCAGGCGACUGACGCUGCUGCCUGGACUUGGAACUUCUGGGAUGAACACGACGGCCCAUUCUGGAAGUCGGACAAGUCCAAGAAUGUUAUUUCUGAGACGGGUUGGCCUACGGGAGGAGGCAAAUACUGUGGAGGUCCCUCGACUUGCGAUGCUCCAGCCGUGGCGGGCAUCGACGAGCUCAACACCUUCAUGAGCGACUGGGUGUGCCAGGCGCUCGAGAACGGCACAAACUACUUUUGGUUUGAGGCCUUUGACGAGCCGUGGAAGGUCAUUUACAACACUCCGGGCCAGGAGUGGGAGGACAAAUGGGGGCUGAUGGACGCCAACCGAAAGCUCAAAGACGGAGUCAAGAUUCCCGACUGCGGCGGCAAGACUGUUUAA